AUGUCGGGCCCCUACCACCACACCGCCUAUUCCAUGCCCAUGGGCAACCAGUACCCUACCUACAGCCAAUACUCAGCCUCGCCCAUGGACUGCGACGAAACCAUGAGCCAUGCAUCCGGUGUUCCCUCGGGAUACUCCGGUACCUCCGUUGGCUACAUGGGUAGCUCCACCGGCGAGUACGACAGCACCCGCUCGGCCAGUGGAGUCGACUUCCAGGAGUACAUGCAGGAGCGCUUCUCGCACUCCUUCAACCCCAUCCCCCUGGACCGCAGCAUGGCUGUUCAGGCGCAGACAUCCGGAAAGCUGAACGCCAAGCACCGGGAGCUCGUGGAUCUCCAGAAGCAGGCUCAGGCCCGUCUCGCGAAAACCCGCGAGCGCUUCCAAGAGGGCAUGCGCGAUGCUCGUGAAGUUCGCGGCGACCUUGAGUGGACCCAGAAGAAAGUCUCAUCGCUCCAGACCAAGGCUUCGCGAAAGCACCCCAAGGAGUACGCCAAGGCCCGUGCCAGGUAUCCUUCUCCUGAGUGUUAA